UUCUGAUUCAAGUGUGGGAUCUGUUUUUAUCCGCACACACACACACACGCACGCACGCACGCACGCACACGCACACUCACACACGUGCACACACGCACACACACACGGACCCUGCCGCUCCAUUCCUCCGCGGGUUUUUUCCUUCCUUAAAUCCACUUUGUCCUUCACUCAUUUGGAGAGAAAAAGGAAAGGAAGAGAGUCCGCUCCUGCUCGGCCAAGUUCACUUUCCAGCUACGCAGCAGACUUCCGGCGCCUUGAAUUUGACUUUUUUUUAACUUUUUACUUUUUAUAUAUACACAUAUAUAUUAUUUUAUUUUAUUUUUCCCUUUUUUUUAAUUCAGGGACGUGACCACCAUGGCCUCCCCGGUCGCCACUCUGCUCCCCUCCGCUCCUCUGGGGCACCAUCCGACGCCGAUUUCCACCUCCCCCGCCACCAACUCUCCGCCACCCGCGGCCACCUCCACCUCCUCCUCCCCGACGCCUCCCGUCGGGCGCCCGGCGCUCCUCCACCCGUUCAGAGCCGACCUCCUGCCAAUGAAGAAGGCGAGCGUCCCGCUGGCCGGCGGCAAGCCCGUGUACGCCACCCCGUCCCCGGUGGAGAACACGCCGCAGAACAACGAGUGCAAACUGGUGGAGGUGAAAGGGGCCAAGCUGGCCUCGUUCACGGUGAGGGACACGGAGCUUAUCUGCCUGCCGCAGGCGUUCGACCUGUUCCUCAAACACCUGGUCGGCGGGCUGCACACCGUCUACACCAAACUCAAGCGGCUGGACAUAACCCCGGUGGUGUGCAACGUGGAGCAGGUCCGGGUGCUGCGGGGGCUCGGCGCCAUCCAGCCCGGGGUGAACCGGUGUAAACUCAUCUCCAGGAGGGACUUUGAGACGCUGUACAACGACUGCACCAACGCAAGCUCGAGGCCGGGCCGACCGCCCAAAAGGCUCCAGAACGUGACGUCAUCGGACUGCGGGACCCACCACAUGCUAUCUCACAGUGGUCUGAUGUCUGCCGGGAUCAUACCCCCAACAGGUCUAUCUGCCCUGGCCAAGAAGAUCAAGCUGGAGGUUAUGGGUGGUUACCAUGGCAGCCAGCAGCCGCAUGGUGGGCCAAACGGCGAAAACGGCGAUCACAAUCCUGGUCUGGGUCUGGACCAGCUGCCCUUCAUGAUGAUGUCACAUCCUCUGAUCCCUGCCAGCCUGGCACCGGCCUCCGUUUCCAUGGCGAUGGGCCAGAUGAAUCGACUCAGUACGCUGGCCAGCAUGGCGAAUGUGGCGCAGCUCCACGCCAACCCCCCUGCCAGGACUCCCACGUCCGUCAUAAAGGAGCGAGUUCAAGACAGCCCCUCCCCUUCUCCCUCAUUGGAGGAAACGCAGAUAUCGUCCAAUCACAGCAGCAGCGAGUCGAGUUCACCUUUGCAAAUAGAACGCACAAUAGAAACCGCACACCCGCUCCAUGAGGGCCUGUCUUCGGGCCACGGUGUGUUAGGCCACUCCCCCGGCAUGGUGCAAGGGGCCAGAGAGACAGAUGUGGCAGCACUGGAGUACAGUAAGGACACCAAGAGGACCCCCGCUGACCGAGAUACAAGCUCCCUGGCAGCCCAGACAGUCAGAGAGAGCUGUGACCGACAAAGCUUCCCGGGACAGAAAGUGGUACCAGGCAGAGAUGGCUGUGAGAGAGUAGUCUACACCGGAGGACAGAAACUUCCAGCAGGCCUCCCCCACGCUCCCUUCAUCUUCCCAGAAGGCCUGUCCUCCAUAGAGACCUUGCUUACAAACAUCCAGCAGGGUCUGCUGAGGGUUGCCAUAGACAAUGCGCGGGCGCAAGAGAAGCAGGAUCAGCUGGAGAGGACAGAGCUAAAGAUGGAGCUGGUCAGAGAGAGGGAGCUCAGGGAGACACUGGAGAGACAGCUCAGCAUGGAGCAGAAAAACAGAGUCCUGAUCCAGAAGCGCCUGAAGAAGGAGAAGAGGAGUAAGAGGAGGCUACAGGAGGCGCUAGAGGAGGAGGUCAAACUCCGUGACCAGGCGGAGCACAGCCAGCUGCACAUUGCAGAAACACCAACAGACUCGGUGACCCAGGAAGUAGAUGCAAGUAACCAUGAGGAUAAUAGGCCAGACACCAAAGCUACGCUGCAAGAGGGCAGAGUAUUCCUGCAGACUUCUGGUAUGUUCUGAGGAGAAGAUGGAUGGGUGUCGGCCGGGUGGAUGGGAGAAUGGAUGGACGGAUGGAUGGAGGGAUCACUGGACAGACUGAGGAAGAGAUGGGGACGUGACAGCAGUGGACAGAGGGAGGAAGAGGAGGCAUUAAUUCUGAGAUACACUGCACGUCUCACAGGCAUACUCGGUCACACGGCAUCUUCUUAGGUACACACCGGUCUCCACGUACAAUUCUGCACCCCAAACCUCCACUGUCACACAUGGAGAGGAGGGGAUCGGUGGUAAUAUUUGUACUUUUCAUGUUCUCCAGUUUAAUUUAUUGCAUUUAUCUCCAGAUACUGGCCGUAGCAGAAACGACUCUUUAUUCCGAUGUCUUUGACUGUGUUUAUUUCAAUCAAGGUUUUUAGAUCCUAGAUGAAGAUUGCCAUAGUUGUUUUGUCAGUGCUGUAUAUCUGAAUUCAAGUGGAUAUAAAUACAUAUAUGAAACAAUCAUUUUUGUCAUUAUCAAAAAAAAACCCCAACAAAAAACAGAUGGCAUGUUGUACAGCCAGUAAACAACUUGUAUUGUGUAUGGUAUGCAGUAGUCCAGUUUGACAAGACAAUACAAAUCAUUUUUAUUGAAAAAAA